CUUCAUUCAGCCAUUCACUGGCAACUCCAACCACACGGCUAGAGCAAGAAGGGGACCCCGACUUGAGACCACUGACCAUUAACCUACCUGCCUACCUACCUAGGUACACUGCUCUCCUUCACUGCUACAUCACCUAAUACUCCGUCUUGUCUUGUCUGUACACUACCAUUUAACUACCCCUACUUUUAUUAACAUGCCAUCAUCUACCACCUUUGCUCUGUGAUACCCUGGUGACGCACCUAUCGAACCAUCUACUAUUAACUGUUCUCAAAUUAUAUACAUAUUGCAAUGAUCUAGAGUUCGUUUUCAGACGCGUUACGAUAGCUUCGAUUCUAUUUUUUACCUAGAUGUGAUCUUCUAAUCUACCAUGCGACCUUUUCCUGGCAACGACGCUUGGAUCGGGCGUCAGCGCUCGGCCGACCACGAUCCCCCUCCUCUUAUGGCUUCCUCUACUAGCAGCCAAAUGUCAUUCUUCCUAGCGGACGAGUCCUCGAUCGAUUCAUAUCUUGAUCAUCCAACCCCUCAUAGUCGCUUUCUCGAUAUCCGAAAAGCUGGUACAUCUGCCGGUGCUUCCCAUUCCCGCAGGGAUGACAAAGAUAGAGAUGGUGAAAUGUCAAAGCAAAAUACAAUGCAACAAGAGAGGGAUUAUGCGCCCGCAUAUUCCAUAACAUCAAGAGACUCGGUAUUUACACAUAGUCCGGCCUCCAUGAGGUCUCAACUUCAUUCAUCACCUUCGCGGCCAAUGACACCAAUGAUGUUGGGUACGUCCUGUACGGGAUCGGCUAUGAGUAGCCCAUCCUCGAGAAGAAACUCGUUCACCGGAUCGCUUUCGGAACAUGCGGUGAGUUCCGAUGAGGAACCACUAGAACAAGGGCCAUCAAGAAUGAUGGAUAGCGGUAGUGCUCCUCAGUUGGUAAUGCCUAGUAUCAAAAUGCCAAGCCGGCGUCCGUUCACCGAGACAGGUAAAAGUCUAGGACGACUGAAAGUCCUGUUUGCCGGUGACUCUGGUGUUGGCAAAACUUCCAUGGUCAAGGCAGUUGUCCAAAUCUGCGAACAUAUAGUCCAUGUUGACCCCAUCCCAUCGCAGGCUGAUUCGCCCGUGCAGAAGAAGCAAGUCGCCUCAUCCAGGAGGGCGUCCAACUCAACACCUAUUAUAUCAGAAAUAUACGCCAGUACUAAACCCUAUCCAGAGUGGUGGUCGCCCUUGAACGAACCUCAUGUAUCCGAAAGACGAAAAAGCUUAGGCGACAACCUUUUAGAGCGGAACGUUUGUUUUGUAGACACACCUGGUUAUCGUAAUGGCUCAUCGGCUAUGGAGACUAUCAUGCCUUGUGUCGAAUACGUUGAAUCUCACUUAACGAAGAUAUCUUCGGAUUCUCUGAGCGAUUCGGACAUGCUGAAUAUGUUAGGAGGCGAUGGAGGUUUUCAAGUCGAUGUCGUGUUUUACCUCAUCUCACAAGGGCUGAAACCAGUCGAUUUAGAAUACAUUCGCCGUCUAGCGCCCCUGACGAAUGUUAUUCCCAUCCUCGCUCGGGCUGACUCAAUCCCACCGGAACAACUUGUCAUAUGUAAAGAGCAAAUUGCGGGCCAGCUUCGAGCGGCAGGCAUUCGGACUUUCAGCUUCGCAUCGGCAACUAACGAGGAAUCUAAUUCCCCUGUGCCGAGUGUUCCCUAUGCAGUAUCCAGUGCUACUGGUUCAGACGACGACGUAAUGGAUGCCAGCCUUCUUAUGAGUCCAGAUUAUGUUCAACCUUUAAUGACUUCAGAACUGAGAUACCUUGUGGAGAAUAUGUUUAGCCCGAAUGGAAUUUCAUGGCUUCGACAUAUUGCGGCGAAGAAGUAUCUCGAGUGGAGAGAUACCACGCCAUCACGACCUCGCCACUUAUAUAGGCCGUUGAAUCUCCCUAGCUUAGCGCCGCCACCUCCCGCUCAACCACAAACAACCACAAUAGCCCCAUGCUCGUCAAUGGCGUUAACCCGUCUUAAUGAACAACAUCAAGAUCAUGGACCAUCGCAACUUCAUAUUGUAGACUGGGCGGCUGACCUCCAGCGCAGUUUGGCUACUGAGCGGACGCGAUAUGAAUCACUCGCUCGUGGGGAGCGCGCAGUUUGGCUUACAGAGAAGCUAAAUGAGUGUGUACAGGACGGCACACUCGUCGCCUUAAAAAAGACUAAGAGUUCAGGGUCAAUGCCGACAAGGAGAAAAUCCAGAGGUAGAUUUUCGGCAAAGACAACACCGCAUCAAGAUCCACUAGGGCUACUUCAAGUAGCGGCAGACUUGAAAGCGAAAGGAUGGGUUGCCCUAGAAGUUAUAGGCAGUCUCGGCGUUAUCGGAGGGUUAGCAUUUUGGCUCUCGAGGCAUCAUUGGCAUGUAGACCCUAUUGAACUCGCAGAUGAGUGGGCAAGACACUGGGGGAUGGAUAUUUAAGAUCCAUGGAUACGAUACAUAUGAUACCAUUAUUGUACGAGGCGAUUUUCCGGGGGUGAUAGCUCAACUCACAAGAUAUAGCAUUAAUUGGCCUCGCCAAAUACACCCAGCUUUAACUCGAUCUCGGUUUUGAUAUUUUAUUGGAUAGCAGCAUAUUGUAAUACAUAUUUGACGUGUCAUACUUGAGAUUAGAACAAAGAAAAAAGACAUAUAUUCUCUCUUUUA